AUGGCGGUCAUGGGCUCUGCCGGUGCUGAUCGAGCACGGAGUCUGCUCAAUGGCGUCCCCGAUCGCUUCAACGACUUCUGCCACAUGGACCAGAUCACCUUCGUACAACUCGCCGACUGGAUGGUAGAACACGCCGAAUCGAAUACACCAGACAUCAGUAUAGAAGAGAGUCUGUUCGUCUUUCUCGACAUCGUCGCGCAGGGAAACAGCUUCAGGACCGCCGCCUACAACUGGGAUCACGACAUCGAGCUCACGCAAAACAUCUUCCUCAACAUCAUGAGUGCUCUGCAGACCCUCCGCGAGAAGGAAGACAUCUCCCCUUCAUGCCCUUCCUUCAAAGAGACCCGAAGUCGUUGGCGCGUGCUCAAGGCAUUCCGCCUCGGCAAGUCGAGAAUAGACGGCAAGCUCAAGGUCGGAGACGAGGGUGGCGACGGACUUGAGGUUAGCCAAGAGAGCCUGACGCAGGCCCUGACGGCCUUGAACAACUUCAUCCACGAACAUAGGGAAUUCUAG